CAGAGGAGAUAUAAUUUAUUGGGUAGAUUCUGGGGACAAAGGGAAAUAGAUUCCAUUAUAAACAACGUUAGCUUUGCAUUUGAAGGAAACAUGGAUUUGUACGAAGCUCACAGGUGGAGUUUUCAAGCGUGAAGAGGCUCACAUUUGCUUCGUUAAAACCCACCACUUUCCCUCUCUUUCCCUAUUUUGUAUUCAUUAGUCGUUAUUAGCUUGAAUUCUAGGCUAUCCCAGGUUUGACUCGUCCCCCUGGUUCUCUUCAGCACUCUGUCUCUCGUUUAUUCAUUUCCCAGGAUCUGAAUCGAUUUGUCUUUGAGAUCUCUUCUUUCAACUGCUUUAUUUUUUCGAUGUUAAAUUCGCUAUAAGUUGCGGCACCAAAUUUGGUCAUGUUAAUCUUGUUGAAAGUUUGUACCGUUCGGGAGGUUGGAGCUCCCUCUACUUUCCGGGGUUAACGGACAUUGAGAUGGCUGCAGCAUCAGCAGCAACCUUUACAACUGGAUCGGCCACCUCCCUCAGCCAAAGAGGGAGCUCGCUUCCCCAGUCAAUACCCUUUGAUUUGAGGUUCAAGUCUCAAAACUUCUGUGGUCUCAAGGCAUCAUCCAUCAUUAGCUGUGGGGCAGAAACAUCCUUCUUGGGCAAGGAAACUUGUGCUGCUUUGAGGGCAUCUUUUGCACCCAAAGCUCAAAAGCCAGACCAAAACCUCCAGUACCACUUGCAGCCCCAAGCUUCCUACAAAGUGGCAGUUCUUGGUGCUGCUGGAGGAAUUGGUCAACAUUUAGCUCUUCUGAUCAAGAUGUCCCCAUUAGUUUCUGACCUUCAUCUGUAUGAUAUUGCCAAUGUCAAGGGAGUCGCUGCUGAUCUCAGUCAUUGCAAUACUCUCUCACAAGUCAAGGAUUUCACUGGAGCUUCUGAGUUAGCAAACGCUUUGGAUGGUGUAGAUGUAGUUGUCAUCCCUGCUGGAGUUCCAAGAAAACCUGGCAUGACUCGUGAUGACCUUUUCAACAUCAAUGCUGGCAUUGUGCGAGACUUAGUUUCCACUGUUGCAGAUAACUGCCCUGAUGCUUUUAUUCAUAUUAUAAGUAACCCAGUAAAUUCUACCGUUCCCAUUGCCGCUGAAGUUCUGAAACAGAAGGGCGUCUAUGAUCCUAAGAAGCUCUUUGGAGUUACUACCUUGGAUGUAGUGAGGGCAAACACAUUUGUUGCUCAGAAGAAGAACCUGAAGUUGAUUGAUGUUGAUGUCCCAGUUGUGGGGGGUCAUGCAGGGAUCACCAUUCUUCCUCUGUUGUCAAAGACCAAACCUACCGUAAGCUUUACUGAUGAAGAAAUCCAACAGUUAACUGUCAGGAUUCAGAAUGCUGGAACGGAAGUUGUGGAAGCUAAGGCAGGUGCCGGAUCUGCCACUUUGUCAAUGGCAUAUGCAGCAGCUAGAUUUGUGGAAUCAUCUCUUCGUGCACUUGAUGGAGAUGGGAAUGUGUAUGAGUGCACUUAUGUGCAGUCAGAAGUGACUGAGCUCCCAUUCUUUGCUUCAAGGGUAAAGCUGGGAAGGAAAGGGGUGGAAGCUUUCAUAACAUCUGACCUCCAAGGGUUGACUGGGUAUGAGCAGAAGGCAGUGGAAGCACUUAAACCAGAACUUAAGGCUAGCAUUGAGAAGGGAAUUGAUUUUGCUUCAAAACAAGCAGUUACUACCUAAGCGUCCUUUGAAGAAAGAAGAUUUAUUGAAGAAUAAGCACUACUUACAGAGCCUUAUGAAGAUUUGUUGUAGGCUUGUGGCAUCAAUCAUUCUAGGCAUCACUUCAGCUGGUCUUGUUGGGCUGGAGUCAUCUUUGUUGUGGGGUGAUAUACAGUAUACACAACAAAUCAAACAAGUCUUGAUUCAUAGAACUAUAAAUUACUUCCUUACAUACUGAUGGUAGCGUUACAUCAGGCAUUAUUAUAUGCCAUUUCUUGAUCAAAUAAAUUAGUAAUGUUACAGCCCAAA